CAUUUUACCUGGUUGACAUUACGAGGAUUACACACACACACACACAGUGAGCCCAGUACCACCACCACACCUAAAACCCUAGCACUAUCUCUCCCACAUUCUUCUUCUAUAUAAAGCUGAAUUUUUCCCUCUCCAUCUCACCCCCAGUAUUUAGGGUUUUAGCAGUAGCUGAAAAAAUGGAGCUGUGUACACCUCAAAACUUCUCGAACCUUCCCAAUCACAGGCUUAUCAAUCCCAACCACGCUCAUUUUCAGUGGAAACCCACUCUUCUUCUCAAAAAGCCCUCAAUAUCUCGCUUCAACCAAGGAUUGCUUUACCGGACGGGUUCAGCUAUUAGAUCAGCAUCAGAGGAAUCGUCAAGUUUUACAAGCCCUUAUGAGUUAUAUGUACCUCCUAAGGUUGAAAGUAAAGAUAACGGGGCUGUUCAGAGUGAAGCACCAAUUCAAGAUUCUGAGAAAGACAAAGAGACUGAUGCUUAUGCGUCUUUGAUAUACGAACCUCCCAAAGUUGAAGAAGUUGAAGAGAAAGGUGAUGGAGUUGUUCAAGCUGAAUCAACAAUAGAAGAUUCUCCUCUGGACUUUGAUUCGCAACUGCCCAAGUUAUUUGAUAAGCUAAAUAUUAAGUUUGAUCCUGAAGAUUCCUCUUCACUUAUCCUCUUUGGUGGUGCUGCUGUCACUGCUCUUUGGUUGACAACUGCUAUUAUUGGAGCCAUCGAUUCUAUUCCUUUGUUUCCUAAAUUACUCGAAGUGGUGGGUCUUGGCUACACUGUCUGGUUUAGUACCCGCUAUCUACUUUUCAAGAAAAAUAGGGAUGAGCUAGCUGCUAAAAUUGAAGAGCUUAAGCAGGAGGUAUUAGGGUCGAAUUAUGAUUGAUUUACGUCGAAAGAACUUCUGUUCCUUUUAGUUUUGUGCACAAGGGAGCUGUAUCUUAGUAGAAGAGAUUUAUCUCCAUAGAAAUUGGCUGGCACUCUUUCAUGCCAAUGUGUGAAUAAUAGAAAUUUUCGUUAUAUGCUUUUAUUUUCUUUGAAAGAUCGAACUCAUUUCUAUGAAAUAGUUCAAGUUUUCUACACCAAGAAGUCAGAUUCAAUUA